AUUGUUUUUUCUUCUUUUGGUAUCUAUUUGCUUCUCUUCUUUAUCACACCCUUUCUGGUCUUUUGCCAAUUUGGUCAUUGUUUUGCCCAAAUCUCUCCAAUUGGUCUUUUCUACAAAAUCUUUAUGUUUGAAAGCAACGUGUAAUUCAAGAACCUUUCUUGUGGUUUCCAUGGUUUCAUCUGCUUCAAUCAAUAAUAAUCUUUAAGCUUAUCUAUGUUGUUUCUAUAAAGAAAACCCUCAGUUUCCUUUUUAAGCUUAUCUUUAUUAAACCUAGCUCUGCUGUGUUUUUGUCUAUCUUCAGCUUAUUUGUUAAGAUCUCUCGUUCCUGCUAAUUUUCAGUCCAAAAAGAACAUUUCUUGGGUUUGAAUUGAGAAAUGGUGAGAGGAAAGACUCAAAUGCGACGGAUUGAAAACGCGACGAGCCGACAAGUUACGUUCUCUAAGAGACGAAACGGGCUGCUAAAGAAAGCCUUUGAACUGUCUGUUCUUUGUGAUGCUGAGGUUUCUCUAAUUGUCUUCUCCCCCAGAGGCAAGCUUUAUGAAUUUGCUAGCUCAAGCAUGCAGGAUACGAUUGAACGUUAUCGUAGGCAUGUCAAAGAGCACCAAACCCACAAAAAGGUUAUCGAUGAGAAUUCACAGCAGCAAUUGAAGAUUGAAGCUGCAAACUUGAUGAAGAAGAUUGAGCUCCUUGAAGUUUCAAAAAGGAAACUAUUGGGAGAAGGUUUGGGGUCAUGCAAUCUUGAAGAAUUGCAGAAGAUUGAACAACAGUUGGAGAAAAGUGUGAGCAGCGUCCGAGCUAGAAAGAAUCAGGUCUACAAAGAACAGAUUGAGCAACUGAAACAAAAGGAGAAACUACUCGUAGCUGAGAAUGCAAAGCUGUCUGAAAAGUGUGCUGUCCCAGCAUUGGCAGUAGUGAAAGAUAAGGGCGAAAAGCGAGCAUUAGAAGAAGGCAGUCCUGUUUCAGAUGUGGAGACUGAACUUUUCAUUGGCCCACCUGAAUCCAGAAUUAAGCGUUUUCAUCCAACUAAUUAAUUUAGUUAUCAUGGCCAAUAUGCCAUCUCCCACUAUUAAUAUUGUAAAUUUUAUAAUAUAGUUAUAUUUCAUGUGACAGGAAGCAAAUAAGGGAACUGUAUUGUACGAGUAAUUAUAUGUUAUUUGUUCCAGAAACUUUGACAUAAAUGUCAGUGUUGCAAACUCACUGAAAUAUAUAUUGUUCCAGUUUCAUUGCCA